UUGGUCUGUCUUUCCUGCUGCUCUGUCUGUCUUCUCCUCACAUGCAGCCCUUUACAGUUGCAUCUUUAAAUAUUAAUGGGGGUAGAAGUCCACAGAAAAGAGCUCUAGUGUCUGAAAUUAUCAGACAGAAAAAGAUAGAGGUCGUCUUUCUACAAGAAACACACAGUGACAUUGUUAAUGAGACAGACUGGGGAAUUUGGUGGGGGGGGGCAGUACGCACUCAGCCAUGGCUUCAACCGGAGUGCUGGGGUGGGUAUUUUAUUCUCCCCCUCCUUACCGGUAAACAUUUUAUCCAGCUCAGAAAUCAUGGCGGGAAGAGCUUUGAUGGUGAAGGUGGAAAUUCUGGGGUUUGCUUUCACUUUUCUUAAUAUCUAUGCACCCAAUCAAAGCUCUGAACGUUUAGUUUUAUUUAAUUUAUUGAAAAACGUUUUAGGGAACAGCAGCAGUCAGGGAGAGUGCAUAAUAAUGGGAGGGGACUGGAACUGCUGUACGGAUGGCACCUUAGACAGGAUAGGGCAGGAGCUCCAGUCCCAAUCAUCCUCUUUCCUGGCUCAGAUGUUGACAGAGUUUAACCUGGUCGACAUCUGGAGGUUAAAACAUCCCACCGAUAAACAGUACACUUGGGUGAGAGUCUCUGACGGCAUGGUCAGUGCAGCCAGACUAGACAGAUUUUAUAUGUCCUCUUCUUUUAGCAGUCGUGCAGCCAGGUGUCAAAUCCAUCCUGUUGGCUUCACAGACCAUCACUUAGUUUUAUUAGAAAUGGUUUUAACCUCUCCUGGAAAGUCCAGGUCAUUCUGGCAUUUUAAUGUUAAGCUUUUACAUGAUUUUAACUUUUGUAAUAAUUUUAAAUUAUUUUGGGCUGAAUGGAGGUCAAGGAAGGAGGAUUUCCCCUCUCUAGGUCAGUGGUGGGAGGUAGGAAAGGGACAGAUUAGGGUGUUCUGCCAGCAGUACACCGCCUACUCCACUGCUGACGUCCGGAGGGCCAUGGACCAACUGGAGGCAGAGAUCGGGGAGCUGGAGGGUGUGCCUGUGGGGAACCCUGAGCAGCUGCUCUCCAAAAAACAGCAGCUGAACUCCUUCCUCCUGGAGAAAGCCAAAGGAGCCCUGGUCCGAGCCCGCUUCACUGCCAUCAAGGACAUUGAUGCACCAACAACCUUCUUUUUUAACCUGGAGAAGUCAGAAGGCCAAAAAAAACAAAUGGUGUGUCUCAGUCUGCCUGAUGGGGGGUUAACCUCAGACCCCGCUGAGAUGAGGAGGCAUGCAGUGUCCUUUUACUCAGAGCUGUUUCGAGCGGAACAAUGUGAUGGAGAGGCUGCAGCUGAACUCCUGCAGGACCUUCCUCAACUGAGCCCAGCAGAUCGGGAUGCCCUGAGCCUUGACAUUACCAUGGAGGAGCUAACCUCUGCAGUAAAACACAUGGCCUCAGGCAAAGCACCGGGUAUGGACGGGUUACCAGCGGAUUUUUACAAACACUUUUGGAAUACCCUGGGACAUGAUCUUCUGGACGUGUUUCGGGAGUCCUUCCAGAGGGGAACUCUUCCAGCUUCCUGCAGGCGGGCAGUAAUAUCGCUGCUACCCAAGAAGGGGGACCUCACCCUACUUAAAAACUGGAGACCAGUGGCCCUGUUAUGUAGCGACUAUAAAGUACUGUCAAAGGUUUUAGCUAAUAGACUGAAGGUUUUUAUGGAUGUUUUUAUUGGUACUGAUCAGUCCUACUGUGUCCCUGACAGAUCCAUCCUGGACAAUCUGUUUUUAAUGAGAGACAUUUUUGAUGUGUGCAGACUCUAUAAUUUAAAGACUGGUGUACUCUCAAUUGACCAGGAGAAGGCCUUCGAUCGUGUUGAUCACUCCUUUUUAUUUUCCACACUGCAGGCCUUUGGUGUUGGGGAGCACUUCUUGUCCUGGGUGAAGCUGUUGUACACGGGUGCAUGUUGUGUGGUUAAAGUGGGGGGUGGACUAAGCAGUCCUGUACCAGUGAGCAGAGGCAUCAGGCAGGGCUGCCCCCUCUCUGGUCAGCUGUACAGUGUGGCCAUUGAGCCCCUUCUUUGUCUGCUCAGGAGGCGGUUAAGGGGAUUGUGUCUGCCUGAACCGGCUCAGAGCCGGCCUUUGAUUGUGUCAGCAUAUGCUGAUGAUGUAAAUGUUUUUGUUCAGGGCCAGGAAGAUGUUAAAGAACUUAAGCAUUGCCUGGAUCUGUAUGAGAGGGCUGCAUCAGCCAAAGUAAACUGGGAGAAGAGCGAGGCAGUUUUAGUCGGCCACUGGAGUGCAGGAAGCACCCCUAGUCUUCCUGGUGGCCUUAGGUGGGGUAGCAGAGGGCUCAAGGUCUUGGGAGUGUAUUUGGGUAGGGAGGAAACCACUGCUAAAAACUGGGAGGGAGUGCUGGAGAAGGUGAAAGCCAAGUUAUCUAAAUGGAAAUGGUUGCUACCUCAGAUGUCUUACAGGGGAAGAGCUCUGAUCGUCAAUAACCUGGUGGCCUCGUCUCUGUGGCACAGGCUCCAAGUUCUGGACCCUCCACCAAGCCUCGUGGGACAGCUGCAGCGACUCCUGGUGGACUUUUUCUGGUCGGGUCACCAUUGGCUUUGAGCGUCAGUCCUAUACCUUCCUGUGGCAGAGGGGGGGCAGGGCCUGAUAGACAUCGCCUCCAGGACCGCUGCCUUCAGGCUUCAGGCAGCUCAACGUUUCCUGUACGGACCUUCUCACUGCUGGUUGGAUGUAGCUCGGCUGCUGCUCCGGAAGGCUGGGCGGCUUCGCCUCGACAAACAGCUGUUUCUCCUGAAGCCCCCUGCUCUCACCUUCACUGAUAUUACACCUUUCUACAACUCUGUGUUUGUUGCGUGGAGGACUCUGGUUGCCACUCGACCAUCUGACCCCAAGCCUGGGAUGUGGCUGUUUGAGGAGCCACUUUUUGACCAUGACCUUCUCGUUACCACCACGGUUUUAUCUAACACCUUAAAAAGUGUCCUCACUCAAGCUGGAGUAGUUAAGCUUGGACAUCUCACACGAACACCUGUAGAGAGUCUGGCUGACAUGACCGGAGUAAGAUCAACAAGAGUGCUGCUGAACCUGGUGAAGGAGGUGUGGCAGUCUCUGUCGGGGCCCCUCCGGACUUUUGCUCAGGGACGGGGUUUGGCUGAACGUUGGAGAGAGGGCCAAGACUACAUCUUCCCCACCCUGAGUGUGAGUCCUGCAGUGGGAGAAUGGAGGGAGGAGAGUGGACUGUUGCUGACGUUACAGAGACCAGUACUGGGAGCCUUCAGCUCCUGCACAGGGAAGCAGCUGUACCUCAGCUGUGUCAAAGUACUCAACCUGCGCUCCCUCACGGGAGUCAGAGAGUCGAGGUGGACAGAGGUUUUUGGCUCAGACGUUUCCCCUAAUGGCAGCUGGAGGGUCCUGUAUAAGCGUCCUGUUGAGAAACGCACAGCGGAUCUCCAAUGGAGGAUUAUUCACGGAACGAUAGCCACAAACAGGUACAGAGCUCACCUUGAUCCGGCCAAUGGGGAGGGAUGUCCAUUCUGCUCCCAGUCAGAGACCGUAGAGCACCUGGUGCUGUCCUGUCCCAGACUGGCAGCUCUUUUUAAAGUGGUGCAGGAGUGGGUGGGGGGUUUGGGGGAGGUUUUCUCGUUCCCACUCUUUGUUUUUGGACCCAAAUACACUGCCAAGAAAAAUAAAUCAGUGGUAUUGAUCAACUUUGUUUUUGCGAGUGCUAAAUUAGCCAUCUGGAAGACUCGCAAAAACAAGGUUCUUGGGGUGGACUGGACUGACCCGGUCUGUUGCCUCAAAGGCUUGGUGGCGGCACGUCUCAGGGUUGAGCACACCUUUUAUAAACUGACGGAAAAUUUGGAUGGUUUCAGGGAUGUGUGGGCUAUCGGACAAGUCCUGUGCACACUGGAGGAAAAUGGCUCCUUAGUGCUGAAUUUCUAAAGGACUGAUUUUUAGUGUGUGUGCUUGUGUGUGUGUGCGUGCGUGCGUGUGUGUGUGCGUGCGCGUGUGUGUGUAUGUGUGUGUGUGUGUGCGUGUGUUACUAUUUAUUUAAACCAACAGUACUAAUCUGGUUUUAAGAUUUUGUCAGAAUGGUUCAAAAAUAAAGUUUGUUAAAAGUCAAAAGUCUCUCUCUCUCUCUCUCUCUCUGUCUCUCUCUCUCUCUCUCUCUCUCUCUGUCUGUCUCUCUCUCUCUCUCUCUCUCUCUCUCUCUCUCUCAGGUUUUCGAUAACUACGCGGUGACGGUGAUGAUCGGUGGAGAUCCGUACACUCUGGGACUCUUCGACACGGCAGGUAAAAGAAUCUUAAUCUGGUCGUUUUUCUUUCUGUUCUUCAGUUUGAGACGAUAUCUGACCACAUCCUGAACGGCUCUGAUCCGGAACGGCGGUGACGAUUUUUGCCAUCUGCUAUUUCCUAUCAGAUCCGUUUGUGAGGCGAAUUUCGUGAUGGAUUACAGACAGAGAGAAUCGUGAGAACUCACAAGAACCCGCAGAUUCACGUUCAAUCUCACGAUAACGAGUCGUCUCUCUAAAGACAGACACAUAGACAUAUAAGCAGUAGAUUGUGUCCUUCCAGAGGAGGAAAUCUACUUCUAGACUUCUAGAAUCAGCAUCUCCUCAUCCAUGGUGUCAUCGGGGUGAAAUGACGUCUAAAAACCUUUCACUUGUUCGUCUCCGCCCGUUUGCAUGGUGUGAAAUACGAUCCUCCUGAAACACGGAGUGUUUUAUUUUGAAAAGAAGCCGGAUGUUUUAUUUUGUGUCUGUGCCCGACUUCCUUUCCAGCACGGGUUAAUCUGUGCUGAAUUUAUCCGCCAUGCUCCGGCGUCCAGAAAAAAUAGAACUCUUGUGAUCAGCUGAGGAGUCCGGCGAUCCGCAGAGGAACGGAAAGAAGUCGGUGUAAAUUGACACGUUAACUUGAAUGGUUACGAUCAGCUACGAUCGGAGGAUACGACCUUUUAGGAGACGAUCAGGAUGAAGGUGGAGGUCGGGGGUAACAGCUAAUCUUGUGUCUCCCCCUGCAGGUCAGGAGGACUACGACAGGCUGCGGCCUCUCAGUUACCCUCAGACCGACGUCUUCCUGGUGUGUUUCUCGGUGGUUUCUCCGUCUUCCUUUGAGAACGUCAAAGAAAAGGUGAGCUCGGUCCUUUUGUUGGUCUGCGAACACCUUCAGAGGUUCUUGAAGUCCAGCUGAGAGGUUCUAGCAAGAAUUAGAGACGGUAUCAGACACCUCUCACCCCUGUUUCACCUCUGCUCCUCACAGUGGGUUCCAGAGAUCUCACAUCACUGCCCGAAGACGCCUUUCCUGCUGGUCGGGACUCAGGUGGAUCUGAGGGACGACAGCAACACUCUGGAGAAACUGGCCAAGAACAAGCAGCGACCCUUGACCUGUGAGAUGGGAGACAAACUGGCCCGGGACCUGAAGGCCUGCAAAUACGUGGAGUGUUCGGCUCUAACACAGGUGAGCAGAGAGUGAGGAAACAUCUGGGUCCUCAGAGACCUGAACUCUAACCCCUGAUCCGUCUGUGUCCCUCAGAAAGGACUGAAGAACGUGUUCGACGAGGCCAUCCUGGCUGCUCUGGAGCCUCCAGAGACCAAACCCAAGACCCGCUGCGUGCUGCUAUAGACGCCCGAGAGAGAGAGGAGGAGCAGGAGGAGCAGGAGGAGCAGGAGGAGGAGGAACCAGGAGGGGAUCAGAGGGAGGAGGGCAGGGUGGUGGGUGGAGAUGGAGUUUUUAAACAGUGACUUCAUGUGGGCGUGGUCAAUAAGAAGAGGGGGCGGGGUCAAUGAAAGGAAGGGGCGGGGCCAAUUUAAGGAGGAAGGGAGGGGUCCAUUUAAGGAGGAGGCGGGGUCAAUUUUGGGAGGAGGAGGGGUCAAUGAAAAGAGGAGGCGGGGUCAAUGAAAGGAGGAGGCGGGGUCAGUGAAAGGAGGAGGCGGGGUCAAUGAAAGGAGGAGGCGGGUUUGAAUCUCAAGCCUGAAUGUUCCAAACAGAAAAUGUGGUCAGGAUUACAGCUGGACCAGGACCCUAAAGAUCCAGGUCUUGGACCUGGACCUCUUUACCGCCAAAGAACAAUUUAAUAAAGUCAAACUGUCGCUGUUUGUGAAAACGGAACGACUGUUUCCUGGCGUUUGUAUGUUUGCCGUCAGCUAAACAACUUUUGAACUCCAAACACACAAACCUGUCGGUAAAAACUCCUGAAAACAAAAUGAAGUUUCUGUUAAAAACUCUUCGUCUUCGUUCACACGGCGGGUUCUGAAGCAAAGUUCAGAUUUUUAGUUAACUCCGAUCUUUUUGUGCGGUCGUUCACGUUACAACAACGAAUACGUGUGUGAAGUGACCCUCAUGAACACAAAACACAAAUAUCUCUCCGCUCCUGUUUGUGUCGAACAACGGUGACGUUUGUCUCAUAUUGAUGACGUAAAGGUCGGAUGAACUCGACCUGAGCGUCACACUGCAGUCACAUCAGAUACAUAUCUGAUUUAUAUCCACAUACAGAAGAGGGUCGGAUCAGAACCAAUCAGAACUGACCUGUUCACACUUAGAUGGAAAAAUCAGAUAAGAGUCACAGAUGGUUAAAACAUCAGAAUGACCUUCAGAAUGACCUUCAGACCAACUUCAGGUCUUUAAAGUCGUUUAAUCAGGAAGUGAAAAUGAUCCAAAAAUCUGAUUUUUCUGUGAAGAAGUGAAGAGAAAGUUUGUCCUCCUGAACGUUGAACACGUGUGUGUCUGUGUGUGUGUGUGUGUGUGUGUGUGUGUGUGUGUGUGUGUGUCUGUGUGUGUGUGUCUGUGUGUGUGUGUGUGUGUGUGUGUGUGUGUGUGUCUCUCUUUAUCACUAUGACUCGUUUCCUCCUUCCUCGCUCCCUUCAAACCCGCUCACAUCCUCCGUUUUCACCGUCACUCCUCCUCCUCAGUUUUUACUCCAGCUGACCUCAGAUGACCUCUCCACACAUGUGACCAAAGACUGUAUCUAGAACAGACGCCGUCUGCCUCCUCCUCUCUGUGAGAACAGCGCCCUCUGGUGAUGGGCUGCAGUAUAGGUCAUAAACCCCGCCUCCUUAUGGAGCUGUGGACAAACUUUAUAAAUGAAUGACACAGAAUAUAAAUGUUUCUCCCCCCUGGUUGUGAUGUUGACAUGUAGUUACUGUCAGACUGGUUUGUGCUCAAGUCCUCUUUUUUCUGUACAGCUCCAUUUUUAAAAGUUAUUAGGGGGUUCAUGUUUGCUAUGAUUGACAGCUGAUACAGCCAAUGGGAGGACAGAGAUUGAGUAGAUCACCGGGGGAUACGCUGUUUGAGCCGAGUGUCAUCACAGAGACUCUCCCUCUGAAUAAGAACAACGCUACUGAACAAUGUUGGUUUCAGGAAGUGGAGAAAAAUCGCAGAAAUACCGAGAACUUUUCAGCUUCAAAUCCGUUUACAGUCGGGAGGCGGAGCCAAGUUGUCCAUACAGUCUAUAGCUGGCACCUGUCAGUCAAAUAAGCCCCGCCCUAAUGAUGUUAGAGUAGGCGUGAUCACUAUCCUCCCUGUUAUCUGAACAAAAGGUUAAAACCAGGGCAUUGAAACAUGGGACCAAACAGGGACUCUCCGGAUCUGGAUCCAGACUCAUCAGGCCCCGCCCCCUCAUGGACCUCGUUAAAGUCCAGACCUUCUCAGUAUAGAAGCUGUGUACAGUGAUGAGCUCAGAUCAGACCCCGCCCUCGCUCCUCCUGGCCUGACUCGAGCCUUAAAGAGCUCAUUAGUUUGACAGCGCCUCCUGGAGGCCUUAAAGAGUAACUACGCUCAGUUUAAAGGUUCUUCCGUGUUUUAUUUGGUCCUCAAACUCGACGGUCUGGUCUGACUUAAUUCAGUCUUUAAACUGAGGAGUCGUCUUUGCUUCGCUGGAUGAUUGAAGAGUAUUAAAUAAAUAUGUUUUCUUUGUUUUCGGGAAACAACAUUUGAGCUUUUUUGGUUUUGAAACUUGAGUUUUUUCCUUUUUAGAUCUUUUUACUUGUACUUGACGGUCGAGUGCCAACAGUGUGACGGGGAGUCAUCGGUAAAGAUGAGCAGGUCGCUGCAGGAAUAAUGUAAAAAAAAAAGAUGGAUGUUGGAGCUGAAGGGUGUUUGGAAAAAUAAAAACUUGAACUUUGUUCACAUUCUCA